AUGAGUUCUGUAAACUCUACCACUAUUACUGUAAAUCCUUCAAAUGAUUCUUCUAGCCCAUUUUUUCUACAUCCAAGUGAUAACCCUGGUGCUUUCUUAGUCUCAGAAAUUUUCAUUGAUGUUGCUUGUAGUCGAUCGAUCACCACAGCCUUAACUGUCAAGAACAAAGUUGCCUUCACUGAUGGUUCCAUCAUUGUUCCCUCUACUGAUCAACUUGUUCAGCAUACGGCUUGGCUACGUGCCAACAAUCUGAAUUCAUCAUCCCGUUUGCCUAAUUCAUCUACUGAACCAACUUCAUCUACUGAACCAGCUUCACAUAAUGAACCAGCUUCAUCUAAUGACCAGAUUAUUAUUGUGGCAAUGUUUCUUCAUUCUCAAACGCAAACCAUACAUCUACUUCUACUGGUUGCUCUUCUAAUACAGCUGCUCAAAACUUUUUUGCAUGACAACUACACCAUCAAAGACUUGGGACAGCUCAAAUACUUCCUUGGUUUGGAAGUGGCAAGAUCUAAAAAUGGCAUUUCUCUUUGCCAACGGAAGUAUGCCUUAGACAUACUUCAGGAUAUUGGUAUUACUGGUUCCAAGCCUGCAGCUUUUCCAAUGGAGUCUAACCUCAAGCUCACUGCAACAGACUCUAAUCUUUAUAAGGAUCCAUCAGUUUAUAGAAGACUUGUUGAAAGAUUGUUAUACUUAACAAUAACAAGACCUAACCUUGCUUAUUAUGUUCAAGUUCUUAGUCAGUUCCUUCCCAAACCUGUUGUUAUUCACUAUCAAGUAGCAGUUAGGGUCCUUAAAUACUUGAAAGCUACACCAGGACAAGGCCUACUUUUUUCCUCCUUGUCAGAAUUGUAG